AUGGAUCACCACUGUCCCUGGAUCUACAACUGCGUGGGCUUUAGGAAUCACAAGUACUUCUUCCUGCUGCUCCUGUACUCCGCGGCAGCUUGCAACUUCAUCACGGUCACCAUGAUCCCGACUGUAGAAUCUGCCGUGGAGCAGAACUCUGCCUUCGCGCAGAUGUUCCUCGUGCUCUUUGCGGAGACGCUCUCCGCCUUCUUAGGGAUCCUGAUCAGCCUCUUCUUCCUCUUCCACGUCUGGCUGAUGCUGCAGGCCAUGACUACGAUCGAGUUCUGCGAGAAGAGUAGCAAAGACCAGAGCUUUAGCGCCUCUGUGCACGACCGCGGCAUCAAUGGCAACAUUCGUGCUGUUCUCGGAGACUGGAUGAUUCUGUGGCUACUGCCAGUGUCACCUCCUUCUGGCAAUGGCACGGACUUUAUUGUCCUGCCCUCGGAAGCAGAGGGUGCCGAUGACCCCUUCAUCACCAAAACGCUGGAGCCCGACCGCGGGCUGCGACGGAAGAUGCGCCAGGCGGCCUAUGGUGCCACCGGCAGCGGCGUGCUGCCAGCAGAGCCCGACCGUGCAUUCCAUCAGCUCCGAAUGGCCCAGCUCAACCUCUACCUGGAUGCCGUGAGUCGGAAGCCAGAGGCCUUCGUGAAGGCCGUUGAGAGGCGCCGGCAAGACCAGGGACCCUUAAACGCAGAUGGGGUCAAUGCCCUCUCGAUUCGAGGGCUGCUCGCCGCAGAUGAGGGAGAGUCGACGGAGUAA